AGCUGUUUAUUACUUCAUCGGCGAGUUUUGUGUGUGGAAAUUUGGUAAAUUAAAAUGACGUCCCAGUACCUGAGCCAAUUGCACACGGCGGACAAACUGGCCGCCGAGCCGUGGCCCGAGGACGCCACCCUCUACCAGCCCUACGAAGCGGAGCAAAUCCUGCUGCCGGAGAACGCCAGUUGCCUGGCGGUCAAGGCCUACCUGAAGAUGUGCAACCUGCCCUUCGGCAUCCGAUCCUGCGCCAACGCGGAGCACAUGUCGCCGGGCGGGAGGAUGACCAAGCUGCCCUUCAUCCGUGCCGGGGCAUUCAUCUUCGCCGAGUUCGAGCCGAUUGUGAACUUUGUGGAGCAGAAGGACAUGGCCAUUGGCAGCUGGCAGGACGAGGACGAGAAGGCCGACAUGCGCACCUACGUGUCGCUGGUGGAGAACAUCUUCACCAUGGCGGAGCUGUACAUUAGCUUCAAGAACGAGCGCGUCUACAAGGAGGUCACAGCUCCCAGGAAUGGCGUCGUCUUUCCCUGGCCCCUCAAUCACAUGCAGAACUACGGGAAGCGGCGGAACGCGCUGCGUUUGCUCAAGGUCUACCAGUGGGACGACCUGGACAUCGACAGCGUCAUCGAGAAGGUGGCCAAGUGCUGCGAGACCCUCGAGUACAAGCUGAAGGAGUCGCCGGAGACGCCCUUCUUCUACGGCGAUCAGCCCUGCGAACUGGACGCCAUCGCCUUCGGCCACCUCUUCAGCAUCCUCACCACCACGCUGCCCAACAUGGCGCUGGCCCAGACGGUGCAGAAGUUCAAGCAUUUGGUCGAGUUCUGUCGCUUCGUGGACGAGAAAUACUUUCAGACCAGGUUCCUGCAAAAUUAGUUAUACGUAGUCUCUCGCACUAAAAUGCUGGCAUAAUAAUGCCUAACUAUAGACGUAAUUAUUAUUUUCCUUUUGUGUGCUGCACAAGCGCUUUAAUCUGCAAAAUGAAUUAUGUUGCUGUUAGGAAUAUUCGUUCUAAACGAUGUAAAUCAACCUGCUUUUGUAAACGGCCUCCCGCAUUUAUUGAUUUCCACGAUGCAAAAGCCACUGCAAUUUAAUUUUGAUUUUUAAAGGGGCAUAAUUACCUUUUAUUUUUGAAACCUUGGAUUGCACCUGAUCGAAUUAUGCUGCUUUAUUAGUGAGUUCUACGUUCAGAUUUCUGCAAAACUACUUAUUAUUAAGCUGCUAUCAAUGUACAAUUGUAAAUAUAAAUAUUAUUUUUUAUAUUUUGCACAAGCGC